CGUCAAUUUGUCGUCGCCACAUUGCGUGCAUGCAUACAAAUAUUGGAUAGUGUAAGUCUUUUCGACUUGCUCGCUACUCAAUUGUACAGCUAGCUAUGGUUAACGCAGUAUAGAGGCAACAUGUACAUAUGUAUGUAUACCACACACAUACAUAGACCAGCAGGCUUGUACGGUGCGAUACGUACAGCUCACAAGACCAGUCAAACAAUUUGUCGCCAUGAUCAUCAAUCAGUACUUACAAUUCAGCCCCAUCUCAUGCACGCAGCAAGCCAUCCAGACCGCCAUGAAAGCACUCACGUCAGUGUCAUCCAGCCAGCCAUUAAUUUGCACAGAUAAGCACGUGGCCGUCUUCAUGUCAGUCACUUAUCUGUCUCUAUCUACGCCGCAGAAAGUCUCCAGAUGUCGUCUGCCCUGUGUGACGUCACGCGAACAUGUGUAUCGGCACGCGAUGACGAUCUGACAGACCGCAGCACACACAUGCAGACAGGUGUUCGACGCACGUCGGGCGGCAGGUGCGCGGACACACGAGGCGCAUUUCUGACCUGUCUACGCAGAGUCGCGAGUGGAGGCAUCACGGCGCUCGACACACAUGGAGCCGUUGCGGGUAUUGAGGCUGAGCUUGUACGGGCCGCCACUAAGGUUGAGGGACGCCUGCUCAGCCAGGAAACGUUGUUGAAACUGAGUGUUCAGGCGCUCCACUGUGGUCCUCUGGUGGCCCUGGAGUGCCACACACACAUCGCCACACACAUCGCCUGGCACUUUUGUGAGAGUGGUGUGGCUUGGUUUGGCGUGUGGCAAACCUCGAGUUCAUCGUUAAAAGAGGUCACAGUAGCCAUGACAUGCUUGUAGAAUGUGUCGGCGUCGCCAUCAUCCACAUCACCUGACACACACACACACGCACACACACACACGCACAUAUGCGUUGCACUGACACACCGGUCUGUCUCUUCUCGCCUCCCCCUCCCCUCACCAUCAAUAAGGAUACGGAAGUUUUGGAUCGCCGGCAAGGCAUUGCUGCCGCCGCGCCCCCACAGACAGGGGCUUUCGAGGUUCUGCAGGGGUGCUAUCAAUGCCGCGGCCGGCAGGUGCAUCCUCAGCGUCAGCGUCCUCCCCCUCCCCUGGCUGACCAGCGCCGUCUGCAGCAGCUCGAGGAAGUCCAGCACCUCAACAAAAAGUGCGUCUUCUGUCUCGAUGCACGACAGGCUGGGCAUGUUGGAGGCGAUCUCGACCGCCCGCUUCUUCUUGGCCUCAUUGACGAGGGCAUGCUGCCGCAGCUGCAGGGUGUGGGCGGCGGGGAAUGUGUCGUCGGUGAUGGCCACAGGAUGCGCCUCGUCAUGCCCGCUGUAGGACACCUUGCCGGCCGUCUUGGUGAAUUCAUCCAUGAUCCCCUGCAUGGUGCGAGUCCCGCUGCCGCGGCGCGAGAGGAGCUCCACGGCGAUAACUCCAUGCCUGCCACUGUCGCACGCAAUAAACGCAUCGGGUUGCGCAACAGCGUCACUGCAGAAAAGCACCACAAGACGAGCAGAGCACAUGUGAUGUACCCCACGUCUACUCUGACCCCUUCUCCUUCUCAUGUGUCCUUACACGAGUUGUGCGGCCUUCUGCAAUCUCUCCCAGUUCUCGUCUGUGUUGCUCAGAAAAACACCCACGUCGAUCUUGAGCUGGCGAAUGGACCGGCUGGCGCCCCUUGCCACCAUCAUCUCACGCAGCCUGUCGACGUCGGCGGGCCUGUCAUACUUUACGGUGAGGCAUCGCAGGGUGUGAAGGGCCGACAGCGACUGUCCGUCGGCAGGCAGUGCACUCAGCAUGCCGGCCGGCACGCCCUCGAUCCAUGCGUUGAUGUCGAGCACUUCGACACCCACACAGUCGGCCAGCCAUGACCUCGCGCCGCCCACCUCUUCUUCACCAAUGCUGCCUCGGAUGGUGAGGGUCUUGACAGCGCGUGUGUGCCACUGGCGGCCCACACGUGCCGACAGGCAAUCGUCACUGGGGAUGCUGUCGAUCGUCGUGAGCGCGGGCAGGUGAAUCGGGGCGGUAGGGGCGGGGGGCAGAUCAGAUGAGGGCAGAGGGUCGGGGGUGGCGACGCUGUCAUCGAGCUGGACGACCUCGAAUGACAGCUUCUCCAGUGUGCCCCCAUCCGCCAACUGGCCGUGGCCAUCAUCAUCAGAUGCCGCAGCUGCCCCCUCCCCUCCCGCCCUCUCUAUUCUCUUCUUGGCUGCGAUGGCCGCUCGGCCGAUGGCGUGACCCUCGAUGAGACUCGUCCAGGUCCCGCGACACCACUGCGUAUCCGGCGCCACAACGAUGUCGUCGGUAUACUCGGGGCAGCGAAUUCUGAUCUCUCGGAUAUUGGUCGACCUCUUUCCCCACUUGUGCGCCACGGCCAGCGGCAUGGUCUCCCACAUCCGCCUCGCCGUGUCGUCCUCACAGUCCAUGACCACUUGAGUGUAGUUGGCGGCCGACUGAUAGAAGAGGGGCGUGCCGAGGCGGCGCCAGAGGGGCGUCAGCUCCCAGGGAUGCAGGUGGCCGAAGAUGUUGGCCAGCUCGUCGCGGGACAAUCGACGACGGGCCUGAAAGUGAGACAGAGAUACCAAAGUCAAGGUGUGAGGAUGGUGUUGUCAGACCCAUCCUUACCAGGUCCUCAUCGGCCGGAGGGUUGCCGCUUCUGUGGAUCAGACGGUACGAUGGACCAGGCCCCACAGCCACCUGCCGAAGACAGAGCAAGAGCCACCCAUGACACCACGACAACCACAGCAACUAAAAGGUGUAUCCAUGUGCAGACGAUGACCACACACACACGGCUAUCCUUCACCUUACCUGUGCCUCUGUGUGUGUCGAGCCCAACGCAGCAGCUGCCUCUGUGGUCGAUGUCAGUGCAUCUACAGCGCUGGUGAGGCUGGCAGCCCACUGUUCGAGCUGCGUGGUGACGGCGUCCGACUGCAAGGCCAUGGGGCCCAGCUGAUAGUGCAACAGCCAUGCCGCGGGCGACGAGACCUGUCAGCGAAGAUACACCACAGUGGAUGGCCGGCCCUUCCGCAUGCCUCUCGGUCAGUCAAUAAGUGUUACCCACCUGUGCGGCGAUGCUGGCGGGGUCUUCGUCGAGAAGGUGUGAUAGACAUUCGAUGAUCUGUCGGCAGGCAAACAUACCAUACCCAACAGACAGACAAUCUUUUGUCGUGAGGAAAGGAUAGAAAGGCGUUCCGGCCGGUCAGUCAGCGCACCUCAUCUUGAAUUGUCUGCUGGUACAGCAAGCUGUCCAGCACAGCCUGGGCAUUCGUCAGAACCUGGGGGACUCAAGCACAACGGACACACCGAGGACUCAAAGAUGAAGCGCUCUUUCUCCUUCGCUCUCUUCUGCCCCUCGUGUGCCGGGCUGACCUGAUUGACGUCCAUGGCAAAACAGAAACGUGUGCGGGCGAC